CACCUUAGCAACCAGCGCGGCUCCCACCAUGGCUGAAGAAGAGGAAACUGCUGCUCCCACGGAGAAAGUUAUCCGGACCCAGAGAGUGUUUAUAAACCUGUUGGACUCCUACAGCAGCGGAAACAUCGGGAAGUUUCUAUCCAACUGUGUAGUUGGGGCUUCGCUUGAAGAAAUUACAGAGGAAGAGGAAGAGGAAGAUGAAAAUAAGUCAGCUAUGCUGGAAGCUUCCUCAACCAAAGUGAAGGAAGGCACAUUCCAGAUUGUGGGCACGCUGUCCAAGCCUGAGAGCCCGCGGCCUGACUUUGCGGUGGAGACGUACUCUGCCAUCUCUCGAGAAGACCUUCUCAUGCGCCUGCUGGAGUGUGAUGUUAUUAUUUAUAACAUCACUGAGAGCUCACAGCAAAUAGAGGAAGCCAUCUGGGCAGUCUCUGCACUCAGUGAAGAAGUCAGCCACUUUGAAAAGCGAAAGGUAUUUAUUUUACUAUCGACGGUGAUGACUUGGGCACGAUCCAAAGCCCUGGACCCCGAGGAUUCUGAGGUUCCCUUCACUGAAGAAGAUUAUCGAAGAAGAAAGUCUCAUCCUAAUUUUCUGGACCACAUAAAUGCUGAAAAAAUGGUUCUCAAAUCUGGAAGAAAGGCCAGAAAAUUUGCAACUUACGUAGUUGCUGCUGGACUUCAGUAUGGAGCGGAAGGAGGCAUGUUACACACAUUUUUUAAGAUGGCUUGGUUGGGUGAGAUUCCUGCAUUACCAGUUUUUGGCGAUGGAACAAAUGUAAUUCCAACAAUCCACGUUCUUGAUCUAGCAGGAGUGAUAGAAAACGUCAUAGAUCACGCGCCAAAGCCUCACUACCUGGUUGCUGUGGAUGAAUCUGUUCAUACCCUGGAAGACAUAGUCAAGUGUAUCAGUAAAAAUGCUGGCCCUGGGAAAAUCCAGAAAAUACCCAGAGAAAAUGCAUACCUAACCAAGGACUUCACGCAAGAUUGUCUUGACCAUUUACUGGUCAACUUAAGAAUGGAAGCGCUCUUUGUGAAGGAGAAUUUUAAUAUUCGAUGGGCUGCCCAAACAGGAUUUGUGGAAAAUAUCAACAAUAUCCUCAAGGAGUAUAAGCAAAGCAGAGGAUUAAUGCCAAUCAAGAUCUGCAUUCUCGGUCCCCCUGCUGUGGGAAAAUCCAGUAUUGCUGAAGAAUUGGCCAAGUACUACAAACUGCAUCACAUCCAACUGAAGGAUGUCAUUUCUGAAGCCAUAGCAAAACUGGAGGCGAUUGUUGCCCCUAAGGAUGUAGGGGAAGGAGAAGAAGAAGUCGAAGAGGAGGAGGAGGAGGAGAGUGUGGAAGAUGCACAGGAGCUCCUAGAUGGCAUCAAGGAGAGCAUGGAGCAGAACGCAGGUCAACUAGACGAUCAAUAUAUAAUUAGAUUUAUGAAAGAAAAGCUAAAAUCAAUGCCUUGCAGGAAUCAAGGUUAUAUUUUGGAUGGAUUCCCAAAGACCUAUGAUCAAGCAAAAGACCUGUUCAAUCAGGAAGAUGAGGAGGAGGAAGAUGAAGUCAGAGGCAGAAUGUUUCCCUUUGAUAAAUUAAUUAUACCUGAAUUUGUUUGUGCACUGGAUGCUUCGGAUGAGUUUCUGAAGGAGCGUGUGAUAAAUCUUCCCGAGAGCAUUGUGGCAGGGACCCACUAUAGCCAAGACCGAUUCCUCCGGGCUCUGAGCAACUACCGGGACAUCAAUAUCGAAGAUGAGACUGUCUUCAACUAUUUUGAUGAAAUUGAAAUUCACCCGAUACAUAUUGAUGUAGGAAAACUUGAAGAUGCUCAGAAUAGACUUGCUAUCAAACAGCUCAUCAAAGAGAUUGGGGAGCCUCGAAAUUACGGUUUAACAGAUGAAGAAAAGGCAGAAGAGGAGCGGAAGGCUGCGGAGGAGCGGCUGGCCAGGGAGGGUGCUGAGGAAGCAGAACGCGAGCACCAGGAGGCCGUGGAGAUGGCAGAGAAGAUAGCUCGCUGGGAGGAGUGGAAUAAACAACUGGAGGAAGUGAAAAGAGAAGAAAGAGAAUUACUGGAGGCUCAGUCAAUUCCCCUGAGAAACUAUUUAAUGACCUACGUGAUGCCAACUCUUAUUCAGGGCCUGAAUGAAUGUUGCAACGUCCGACCCGAAGACCCUGUUGAUUUUUUGGCAGAAUAUCUCUUCAAGAACAAUCCUGAAGCACAGUGAAACUUUAAAGAUCUAGUAUUAUCUACCUUUACAGAACCACAGAUCACUUAUAGUACUUUGAAAAAUUGCUUUGAAAAAUGCUUUUCCAGUUCUUAGAAAAUUCUUUUUUUGUAGAUAAAUAUUCUAUAAACUAGAAUCUCUAUUAAAAGCUAUAUGACAUGAAUGACUAUGUCAUUAAAACUAUAUUUGAAAUGUAAAUUGAUAAAGACAUUUGUGCACAGCUCAUGAGACAAAUACUGAUUUAAUAUUUUAUUCUUUAGUCAGGUCUAAAUAUACCGCUUCCGUACACUAAUGUUUAUAGGUAUUUAUAGCAUGAAGAAAAUCAGACUAUAUAUUGUAGACUAUAUAUUAUUCUAACAUGUAGGCUAAUUUACAUGACUUGUUAUUGCCCCAAUAAUAAUGUUAUUAGAAAUGGAAAU